AUGAUUAGAACGGGACUCAAGCGUAUAGCCAAAGUAUUUGUCGGCGGAUGUGUGCUAGUUACCUUCUCCGACAGUAUCGGUCAUCCCGCUGUAGUUUGUGGGAAUUCCAUGUAUCCAACGUUGGAUGGGUCCGACGCUAGGUGGUGGAAGAGAGAUUUCGUUUGGUUAUCGCCUUGGGCCGGGAAAAAUCCGCAGAUUUCAAAUAUCCAUACAUUCACCUCACCGAGAGAUCCUACCAACACACACAUAAAACGAAUCACAGCUUUGGAGAAUGAUGUCAUCAAAGUUAGAGACAGAAAUGAGUUGAUGAUUAUCCCAAAAGGUUGUUGUUGGAUGGAGAGCGAUAAUCCUUCUUUUGCUAAUGAUAGUAAUAUUUAUGGCCCAGUGAGUAGAGGACUGAUCAAAAGCAAAGCUACACAUAUCAUAUGGCCUCCGCAUAGAUGGCAGAAAAUAUAA